CUUGUAGCGUGUAUUACCUCCAGGAAGGGGAAAGUAUUGUUUACCAUCCUGUGCGAGGCAUGCGAGGUAGAGCAGCCUUCCUGUGUUAUUGUGCGUGAGGGAUGGAUGCCACCCAGCUGAUCGAUGACUCCAUAGUGGAGUCAGAGGAGGAAGAGACUGAGGAGGAGGAGAGUGAAAACAAGAAGAGAGAGCCGCUGGCUAAACUGCAGCUGUUAAAGAAUACUUACCUUCCUGAGACAGAGCUGCCCCUCUAUUUGGGAGAUAAUGUGCUGGGCCGUGACCCCAACUUGUGCACCCUGCCCCUCUCAGCGCCCUCAGUGUCCAAGCGGCACACUGUUAUCAGCAUCUCUGUGUAUCCCAGAGGUGGGCGCCACGGUGCAGCUGAUAUGGAGGCGCUGGUGUGGGACCUGGGCAGCAUGAAUGGCACCCGCAGGGGCCGCUUGAGACUGACUCCGCAUGUCCGCUACGCCCUGAGCGAGGGAGACAGGUUAGAGGUGGCGGACAUCCCCUGCCAGUAUUUCAGCUGUGCUGCGGACAAGAAGUCUGGUCAGGGGGAUAUGAGGUCUCCUGUGAACAGAAAUUCAGGGGAGAGCGCGAGGCGGACUGAUCCACUGAUGGAAAAGAGAUGUGACACAAGCACAGACAGUGCAAAAUGUGUCAACGGAGGUCCAGAGGCAUCAACUAUGGUGUCAUCACCGGAUCAGCAAAAUACAAUGAAGACUCCUGCUAGAACAAGGUGCCUGUCCUUUGAACAAACUCCAAAUGAGCCACAGUGCACCCUCGUCCCAGAAUCAGACUGUGACUCAGAUGGAGAAAAAGGGGGAGGCAGAGGCAGACAGGAAAAGGCUGUGGUUUCUGAUUCUGACUCCUGUAUAUCCAGCCCCACCUGCUCUACAUUCUUGAGUCCCACAAACAAAAUAAUUCCUGAGAGUGAGGACGAGAGUCCCAUCACACCCUCCUCCACUAAAAAUAGACCUAACAAAAGUGUCAGCUUUAGCAAGGAGGAGAAAGACGUGGAUGUGGGUCGACAGCUGAAGAAAAAAAAGGCACAGGUGAUUGUGUCUGACAGUGAUGAGGAGGAAGGAAGGGAGGAAGAAAGAGCAGCAACAGGAGAGAGACAGCCUGAGGAAAGUGGACAAGAUGUGCCUGUGAAAUGGGAAAACAAUGUCAGUCUCUCAGGAGGAGAUGGAUUGCCUGUGUCUACACCGGCAGUCUCUACGGACGCCAUGCCUGUUUUUAACAUGGACAGUGACACUGAUGUGGAGGGAGAGGAGGAGGAGGCAGUGGCGGUCUCUGCCAUUCCUGUGACCUCGAAUGCAACAUCGAAAGCUGAUCAUUCCUCAAAACAAGUCCAGUUUCACAUGGAUAGUGAUACGGAUGUGGAUGAGGAAGAUGAUGCCUUAGCAAAAGUGUCCAAUUCAGUGCCUGCUUCUAUGGACAGUACCAAACCUGCUGAUUCUGUUCCAGUUGUCCAAGCAAUAGGCGUCAUGCUAGACAGUGACACUGAUGUGGACGAUGACGCUGACGCUUCUGUGUCAAAUGCUGCCGCCAAAGCAGCACCCACAUCACAUCAGGUUGCACACACAGCUGACUCUGCCCCUUCAGCAGAACAAAAAGAUUUCCACCUGGACAGUGACACAGAUGUCGAUGAGGAAGAAGAAAAUGACUCCAGCAAAGUGGAUGAAACUCCCUCCAGAUUAGAAUUAAAGGACAGCAGAGUUGAGUCUGCCUCUGCUGCUCCACAAAUCAUGCAUCUAGACAGUGACACAGAUGAUGAAGUGAUCCCUGCUCCUGCCACCGGGAAACCCCCGGUGGUGGUUGCUGACACAGAGCCACCCACUAUUGCAGACACAGGAGCUGAUUUGGAUAUUUUAUCAAACAGUGACACAGAUCUGGAGGAGGAUGCACCUCUGCUCCCACCAGUUGUCAUGGCAAGAAAUGCUGUACCAUCAACUGCCAAAGACGAGUCAGUCUCCCUGUCAGCUGCUGCUCUUACCACGUCAACAGCUCUUCAGUCAGAUUAUGAUGGGGAUACAGAUUUAGAUGAGCCCAGUGUGCCCCCUACUGGAGAAACGGCUGAAAAAUCCGAGUUCAGAAUGGACAGUGAUACAGAUGUGGAGGAUAAGGAGGUUGAUGGAGAGGUGGGUGAAGGUCAGAUGUCAGGCCUGUCCAGAGAAACGCGUUCAAGGUUACCAACACCUUCAGUUCCUCCCCUGCAGAAGUGCUCUACUCCUCUAGAAUUGUCAGAUACCCAGGAGGACCAGGACUUUGUGAUAGCUGAGACCCAGUCCUUUGUCCUGGAAAACAGAGACCAUCAGGGCAGCCAUUCAUAUGACCCCACACUGGACUCCACCCAAGCUUUUGGCCUAGAGAUCUCCUCUGGUGAUGAGAAAGAUGGGCAGUCUAGCAGAGGAGGCUCUUUCCAGCUGGGUUUGUCUGAUAGCAGCCACCUGCUGCCCCAGGCCCAGGCUUUAGCCAUGGAGAACACCCAAGCUUUUAUCCCCGUGGCUGGGAAUGUGGAUAUGGAAGACACCCAAAAGUAUGAAGCCAUCUCAUCCCUAGAAAGGACCUCUGUGGGGAAGGAUUCAGACUUGGAGGCCACCCAGGCCUAUGGAGGGGACGAGGAACCUGCCAGAUGUUCAGCAAAGAAGGAAAGUCGGGUAGAUUUUGCCCUGGAAGCAACUCAGGCAUAUAUCCCAGAGACCCAGAGUGAUACAGAGGCUGGCGCAGAGGAAGAGGACAAAAUAAAUAUUGUAACUGCUGAGACUCAGCCUGUAGACUUUCCUACCACACUUCUUUCCGUGGCUGAAACCCAACCAAUGUCUGCUUUUGAGGAAGAGGAUAAUCAAGUAAAAGACAGACCUUGUUCCUCGGUUUGUCAGGGAAAACGCAUAAAACAGAAUGAAAGACAAGAAAAGGGGGAUGAUGAGGAGGCAACUCAACGACAGGAGAUGCCAAUAGUUUCCACAGCUGAAACUCAGCCCCUGGCUACUGUUGAAAAUGAGGAAAGUGAGGAUCUCAUUCCAGCUCCCCGCAAAAGAAAAGCAAAGGCACUGCAACUUGAAGACGAGGAGACUCAACCCAUGACCAGUUCUGAGCUCUCUGCUGCUGAAACUCUGCCCAUGGCCACAUGUGAAGAUGAGGAAAGUGAGGACCUCAUUCCAGUCCCACGCAAAAGAAAAGCAAAGGCACUGCAGCUUGAAGAGACUCAACCCAUGACCAGUUCUGAGCUCUCUGCUGCUGAAACUCUGCCCAUGGCCACAUGUGAAGAUGAGGAAAGUGAGGACCUCAUUCCAGUCCUGCGCAAAAGAAAAGCAAAGGCUCUACAACUUGAAGAGACUCAACCCAUGACCAGUUCUGAGCUCUCUUCUUCUGAAACUCAGCCCAUGGCCACAUGUGAAGAUGAGGAAAGUGAGGACCUCAUUCCAGUCCCGCGCAAAAGAAAAGCAAAGGCUCUACAACUUGAAGAGACUCAACCCAUGACCAGUUCUGAGCUCUCUUCUUCUGAAACUCAGCCCAUGGCCACAUGUGAAGAUGAGGAAAGUGAAGACUUAAUUCCAGCUCCACGCAAAAGACGAGCAAAGCCAUUGCAACUUGAGGAGACUCAACCCAUGAGCAGUUCUGAGCUCUCUGCUGCUGAAACCCAACCCGUGCAUGAUGGUAAUAGUAACAGUGAAGAAGAUGAAAAAGUAGCUAAAUUGCCACCUCCUACCAAUGCCAGAUCAGUGCCUAAAAAUCAAAAAGUUUUAACCAGCACACUUACAACAAACUCUGAAACUCAGCCUAUAGACACCUGUGCCAUGGAUGAGGAAGAGGACCAUGAGGAGGCAGACAAAAAAGUUGAACUACAGAAAACAACAAAACAACCUCAGAGAGGGAAACGACAAGAAUCUGAGGCUGGGACCAGUAGCAUCAGUAGUGCAAGUAAAAGAGGGGGCAGGGCUGUAAUAGCAGAAGAGAAGCUGGAGUAUGCAGAUCCUCCAAGGAGACAGACAAGAGGGAAUGGUAAAGCUCUUUCAACCACCAGAGGAAGAGGACGAAAAGUACCUGAAGAGGACUAUGAGAGUGAGGAAACGCAGGCUGUUGAGCAGUCAAAGCUGAGUAGAGGGAGAAGAACCAGGAGGCAUCAGAAAGAUAACAGCAUGGAGGAAGAAAGAAAAGAGGAAGUGGAAAAGGACAGGCUGCUGAAGGAACAAGAGGAGAAGGAAAGGAUAGAAAGAGAGCAGAGACAAGAGAAAGAGAGAUUGGAGAGGGAAAGGAGGGCAGAGCAAGAAAGGUUAGAGAGGGAAAGAAAAGAAAAGGAACAACAAGAAAGAUUAGAGCAUGAAAGGGCUGAAAGAGAAGAAAAGGAGAGAUUAGAGAAAGAGGAAAAUGCCAGACUAGAGAGAGAAGAAAAUGCCAGAUUAGAGAGGGAACGAAAGGAACAAGAGGAAAAAGAAAGAUAUCGGAUACAGAAGGAAAAAGAAGAACAAGAAAGGUUAGAGAUGGAACGAAAGAAGAAGGAAGAACAAGAAAGAUUAGAGCGUGAAAGAGCUGAAAGAGAAGAGCAGGACAGAUUACAGAGAGAAGAAAAAGCAAGAAUAGAGAGAGAAAGAAAGGAACAAGAAGAAAAUGAAAGAUUAGAGCACGAAAGGGCCAAAACAGAAGAAAAGGAGAGAUUAGAGAGAGAACAAAAAGCAAGAAUAGACAGAGAAAGAAAGGAACAAGAAGAAAAAGAAAGAUUUCAGCAUGAAAAGGCAGAAGAAGAGAAAAGGAGAUCAGAGAGAGAAAAACAAGGAAGAGAACAGCUAGGAGAGGAGGCCAAAGAAAAACUAAUUAAAGAGCAACAUGAAAAUAAGGAUGAAGAAAACAAGCUCAAAUCGGCCACAAGGGGUCGAAGAGCGGUCAGAAGAACGAUUGCUGACCCAUCCACAGCACAAGUGGAACAGGACCAAGGCAUCUCAACCAGUGAAGACGGCCCAGCGAGGAGAACCAGGUCUCGCUCCAACUCUUCCGACUCGGUCAGCUCAGUUAUGUCUGCCGCCAGUGUUACCACCCAGGAAAGCAAGGGGAGAGGCCGAGGCCGAGGCCGAGGCCGAGGAGCAAAGAAAACUACAAACAUCACUAGAGACAGCAGGAGGAGGACAGUGGCUGGAGAGCCAUCUGCUGAGAGACAGGCCGCAGAGCAGGCUGGUGAUGAUACUCCCCCUCUAGGAGUCCUUUCUAGGUCUAACUCCAUCAACUCCCUUAACUCAGAGGUAUCCAGCUGCAGCGUCAGCUCUCAGAACAGAGGAAGAGGAGGCAGAGGGCGAGGAAGAGGGAGGAAGACACAGCCAGAGACAGAUUCCAUACCUCCUCUCAACAGCCAGAGUGACCAGAGCUCAGCUCCCAAAGCUACAGCUAGAGGUAGAAAGAGCAGGAAAACAGAGGGCUCCUUCAGUGAUGUUUCUGAAAUAGAUGGUGAAGAGAAGGCAGACUCUAUGCAGUCCAGUACCACAAGGGGGCAAAAGCGAGCCAGUGAAAACUCUGAACCUCCAGCUGUACAUGGAGAUGACCAGUCAAGUCAGGAGGAAGAAAAUGUAGGUGAAGAAUCUCUUGUGCCUAAAAGGAAUGUCAGGGAUAAAGGCCAAAAAGAAAUUUUAACAACUCUAAUAGCUGCUGCUGUCAACGAUGGAGAUAAAAUAAAAGAGAAAGGGAGAGGAAAAGGCAGAAAGAGAGAACUGGAGGAGGAGGCAGAGGAGGAUGAAGGCAGUGUGUCCAAAGAGAAGGGGAAAGCCCAAGGAGGGAGAGGAAUAGAAGCAGCAAAAGAGGAAAAGGAGGAAACGCAUGAGGAGAACCCUGCUCCUAUCCCAGCUAAGAAACAGGGCAGAGCUUCCACUGCUCAGGGGAAGAAGAAUACACAAGAGUCACUUCCUAAAGUGGAGGUGAAAGAAGAGAGUAAGAAAAUAGAGGAGAUUGCUGAUAAAAAACGCAAAGGCAGGCAGUCUGUGGCCCACAAAAAGAAAGAAGAGAAGCAGGAAGAAGAUGGGACAUCGGCCCAGAGUUCCAUGAAUCAGGAUGCAAGUGCUGAAACACCAGAGACACCCACCAGUAGUGCAUCCCGGAGGCGAGUGGCUCCCGCGGACUCUUCUCCUAUGGCAAAGACUCCUCGCUCCUCCUCUGCCUCCCCAGUGGUUGCUGCUCAAUCACGACCUGCCAGCCAGGUCUACAAGGUGUUGUUCACAGGGGUGGUGGAUGAAGCCGGGGAGAAGGUGGUGGCUCGUCUGGGAGGCGGCUUGGCCAAAGGUGUGGCAGACGUGACCUGCCUGGUGACUGAUAAGGUGCGCAGGACUGUCAAGUUUCUCUGUGCCGUGGCUAAAGGGGUCCCCAUUGUCACCCCCAGCUGGUUAGAAAAGAGUGGUAAGGCUGGGAGCUUCCUGUCUCCUAAUGCUUUCAUUGUGAAGGAUGCAGAGCAGGAAAAGAAGUUUAAUUUCUGCCUGCAGGAAUCUCUGAGGACUGCCUGCAGUCAGCCUCUCUUACAGGGAUAUGAGAUCCAUGUAACAAAGUCGGUGAAGCCAGAGCCAGUACAGAUGAAGGACAUCAUUUUGUGCUGUGGAGCGAGCUUUCUUCCCAGGAUGCCCUCUUCUCACAAGGCCCAGACCGUAGUGAUUUCCUGUGAGGAGGACUGGUCGCUGUGCGGCGCGGCUCUUGCUGCCUCUCUCCCAGUCGUCACCGCUGAGUUCAUCCUAACAGGGAUUCUUCAGCAGAAAGUCGACUUGGAGGCUCACGCCCUGCCAGCCCCUACACAACCUGCAGGAGGCAGAGGGAGAGGCAGGAAGAAGACAUAGCAUCAACAGGGUAUGCUAUUGAUCCGCACACAAAGCUCCGACUGCAUGGUGGGACAUCCGUGUUAGUGGUUUACACGCCCAUACAGCACUUCCAGGUGUCCAUCCAAACCAUAGAGACCGGCAGCAUCACUAGUGAGUCAACAGGAUCCAUCGAGGAUCUUGGAUCUAUCGUGUAUACAACUGUAUGAAAUCCUUGAGAAUGUAUUUUAUCCUCCACAUUUGCAAUAUGCCACGAAAUGAAUGUCACUUGCAUGUAUUAAAACCACAGUUUGGGAGAAAGUGUCACUGGAAGCAUACAUGGCAUUCCGAUUUGCUAUCCAUCAAACAUUAAAAUCUCUUUGUAUGUCAAAAGAUCAAGAAUGAAAAUGUGACUUGUGAUUCCGCUGGAAAGCAAACAAAUGGAUGACUUUCACAAGAUUGCUGUUUGCAAAGUUGCCAGUAGAAUCUUUCUAGGUUUGAAAAGAGUCUGCAACAUUUGUUUAUGUUGCACAAACCCACUUAAAGACUCAUUUCAUGAUAGUGCAUUCUUUUUCUGUGUACUUGUGAGACAAAUAUAGCUGUUUUAACUUUACUAAAGGUGUGUGUGGUGUUGCUGCUAUGCAGGGAGGAAAAUAAUUACCCAUUAGCUGCCCGUGGCCUACAUUUCCCUUUCCCCCCUGUACAGAUAUAACAAUCAGCAGAAAUACUGUUUUUGGUCAGUUUUCCCAUUCUACAGCCUUGCUCGUGGGCAACCAACCGUAAUUUAGUCAUUUGCUCUGUUUCAAACAUCAUGUCUAACUGUCAUGUUUGACUGGUACAAUUGUGAAAAUAACAGAUGAGUUUUGAAAUCAGCUACAGGGGCCAGUUGAUGAAAAGGUUUGUUUCCUGUUCCAAUAACAAGUACGUAGUGCCUACUGGGCUAAUCAUGACUUUACCUGUGUGCCUGUUGUCACUGUGUUAACUAUUAAGCUGCACCCGCAGCAGUGAGGCUUUACUCCUGUGUGUUACCUCAAGAGAUGAGACAUGAUAUAGACACUUGAGUGGAGGUCUGUGCUAGUGCUGCGUGUACCACAAGAUCUGAUCAUGUUUGGCCUAUAAUCAUAUUAGUAUCUGUGUUCACAUGGAAAAUAAACCUUUUGUAUACA